AUGUGUGCUCCUACCUGGUUUAGUGAUUCGGCAAUCGUGCAAUUCCAGGCCGUUAGGAGGGCAGAGAUCCAUUUUUCAUGGCACCUCAAUAUGUUUUGUUCGGGAGUAUCUUAUGCUGUAGGAGAUUCUGAUGAGUGUCCCAAUAUCAUAGUGUUCGGACUGAAAUAUGGUUGCGAAGCGAUGGCUAUUGAUACUCCUUCGGAAGUCUCGGUGAGUCUUCUCUCGGUACUGCAUUUAUAUGUAGGGUUGUUUUUGAUGCAUAACAUCGAAAAAUCUUUGUGCACCAUUGAAGAAACGCUAUCAAGGAGUGAGUUUUGGUUCCAGGAGCAAACUGUUAUAUCUAGCAGCUCUAGUGAGUCUAAACCGGAUGACGCGGUACCGUAUGUUCAGUUCUGUCUGUUUGAACCGAAGAAUUUCUCUUCCUACUCCCUAUUGGCAGAAGAUCGUCUCAGUCUAGCAGCAAACCAUUCCUCACAACCCUGCCAGUUCGCCAUGGUCGGUCUUCCCUGCUACGAGUCUUACUUUCUCGCUGGUCCCUCUGAUCUCGUUAUGGUGACUCCUUAUUGUGCGGAAGACACCAUCCGCUGGAGGGUAGAAAACGGAUUGAUGGAAGAAGCAUGGGAAUUGGCGUGCGACAAGCAUGCUGAGCUCGAAGGCACCAAAUGGAAUAGCAGAUCUAUAGGACGUGCAAUGAUUGAACAUCUCAUUUCAACCGGAAAACCUCGACAAGCAGCGGCUAGAAUGGCAGAGGUGUGUGGCAGUGUCAGCACGGAAUGGGAGUGGGCCAUCAGUGCAUUUGAGCGGUCUCGUUUGUGCACUCUUAUCGCUGAAUUCCUCCCAACAAGUAACCCACAGCUAGAGCCGGAAUGCUAUGAAACUGCACUUCAAGCUGCGUUAUAUAACGAUGUUGACCUCUUCAAGCGCCUAGUGCAGCAGUGGUCCCCAGAUUUAUAUCGAACUGGAUUUAUCACUGGUCUGACGUUGAAACGUAUCCAGGAAAUUGUUUCGUCCCAGUUGGAGUCGAAUCGAUCCUCCCAAAGCGUAUGUUUUGAUGUCGAAAUAGUAGUGUAUUGCACUUUUUCGCCUUCUACUGGAAUAUUUCAGGAUGAAAUUCAUCUCUACCAGGCAUUGGCACAUUUAUACCUCCACGAAAGAAAAUUUGAUUCAGCGUUGAAGAUAUACCUCAGUUUGAAAGAUCCGCAGAUCUUUGCUGUCAUUGACAAAUAUCAACUCUUUGAACAGGUCAAAGACCAGGUAUCUGAGUUGAUGCGCAUUAACACGGAUCGCGCUUUGCGACUUCUUCUAGAUAACGAAGACAACGUUCCUGCUUCAUUGGUUAUGGCGAAAAUAGCACGUCAGCCGAAACUGCAGCUAGCUUAUUUGACAAAACUUCUCAACAAAAACGAAGGAGCUGAAUAUGCUGACCAAGCCGUUCGCCUGUAUGCAGAUCACGACAGGAAGAAGUUAAUCCCCUUUUUGAGGAAAAAUGAAAAUUACCACAUCCGGAAAGCCUUGGAAAUUUGCCGUCAAAAGAACUUCGUUGAAGAGAUGAUUCUGUUAUUUGGUAAAAGCGGGAAACAUGCGGAAGCUCUUGAUUUAGUGAUAAAGAAAUAUAAUCAGCUGGAUAAAGCAAUCGAGUACUGCCAGGAACAUGAUGACACCGACUUAUGGGCUCGAUUGAUCGAGGAAGUGAUUGAAACACCCGCUCACAUAGCAUACUUACUUAACCAUGCUGGAAGUAGCAUUGAUCCGCUUCAUGUCAUUGAAAAGGUGAUGUCAUCUUUGCACCAUGGCUUGCUGACUAUCCCUCCGACAAUGCCUGUGCCUGGUCUCCGCGAUGCUCUUGUCAAAGUCCUUCGAGACUACGCAGCUAAGGUCGCGCUGCAGUGCGGGUGUCAAGAAGCGACUCGCGGAGAUGUACGCGAGCUUCUUACGCAGCACCUGCAAACUCAAACCUUGCCUGUUUACUACACCCUAGAAUCGCACUGCUCAGUGUGUGGAAAGAGGUUGGUGAUGUCAGAUCCACGGGGUGCUGAGCUGCGGAUGUUUGGUUGCGGACAUAUUGCGCAUUUGUCCUGUUGUUUAGAGGAUGGAUAUGAAACAGAUACUUCUGUGGAUGCUGCUCGAUUUACACGUGGAGCAACUGUUUAUACAUUGUUUGAGAUUUUUUUAUUUCGAAAAUAUUCGAUAUCAAUUACUCAACAAUUUUCUUGUUUCGAAAAUAUUUAA